AUGCUCGGCCCUGACCAACCUGUUCCUUUUGUUCAGAGUGACACCGACCUUGUUCUUCGUGGAGCUGCAGGCAAUGAACUGCGCACACAAAAUCCAUUAAUAUACUCUGACCCCGAACUGCAAUUAGGACCAACAACAAGCCAAAAUCAUGAGACAUCGGUACCAGAAAUGGCUCAAGAUGCUCAGGGCUUAUCCGACCAAUCAGUGCAUGAGGAUAGCCCUCACGGCGGUCAAUCGACGCUCACAGUACCAACGAACAACAUACGUCUAAAAAGCGAUCUGGAAAUACGACACCAACACUACCAGAAACAAAAACAAUACGCUGAGCAAAAACGGCAACGGCGGCUUACCGACAUCGAUUUCGAAGGUAUUCUCAACAUCAUUGGCGGAUGUUCAAAUUGGCAAGUGUUGGUGUAUAUGAUGAUUUCUGUUCAACAAAUACCUCAUGCAAUGUUUAAUCUCAGUGUCGUUUACAUGAUGUACCAACCAGAUCAUUGGUGCAAGAUACCUUUCUUCAACGCGGAGGUCUUCUCCGAAGCCAACACUACCUCAUACACAUGGGAGGACGUGCUCAAUUCUCAGAUAGCUUUUCCUACGGUGAAAAACAAGCAGCGCGGCGAUAUGGAUUGGCAUGACCAGUGCCAUUACUACGGACGAGAUUACGUACACCUCAAAAACCUUCCGUUAUCACAGGCUUCAAAUUACACCACCGUCGAUGCUCCAAUACUAAGAUGUGAGCAGUGGGAGUAUGACCAAUCCGUGAUGGAGAAAACAGUUGUAACUGAAUGGAAUCGCGUCUGCGACAAUAAUUGGAGCCGGGCGCACGUACACAUGAGUUACUCCCUUGGCUACCUUGUUGGAGGAUUGCUAGGCGGAUUCGUUAGUGAUAGAUAUGGCAGAAAGACUGCAAUCUAUGGUUUCGGGAUUCUUUCCAUGAUAUUCGGGUUUCUACUAGGCUAUUCGCGUGAAUUCGAAAUAUUCCUAGUCGUCAGAUUUUUGCUAGCAGUCAGCAACGAAGCCGCCGAUUUAGCCGCCUACGUUCUUUGCAUGGAAAUUACAGGGGUAAAAUACCGUUCUAUUGUUGGCAGCCUUCUUCAAGCUCCAUGGGCUCUUGGUUACGCUUUCCUCGCGCUGAUCGCGUACCUCACAAAAUCGUGGACAACGAUACAUAUGAUAACAGUCGGACUGCAUUGCGUCGCUCUAGUGUUUAUACACUUCUUGCCUGAGUCUCCACGUUGGCUCAUCUUGAUGAAUAGGGUCGAAGACGCAGAGAAAAUUAUACGGAAAGCCUGCAAAAACAAUAACAGUCGUCUGCCAAGUGAUCUUGGUUUGGUACGUCACGCUGAGAAAAGAAAAUGGAUGAAGAAGAACGAACGUCCCCAUUAUUUCCACCUCUUCCGCGCCGCAGAAUUGCGAGUUCGGAACAUCAUGCUUUUCAUAAUUUGGAUAGCUACAGCUCUUGUGUACUAUGGGCUCGUCAUUGCAUUGUCCGAUCAGUCCUCUCCUGGGAGGUCAGUUUUUGAUGGAAAUUUCUUCCUGAACAAUGCUAUCGCAGGAGCCAUCGAACUUCCUACAUUAGCCGUUUGUGUAUUUCUACUCAAAUAUGGAAGGAAAAGAUCCCAAAUGAUAACACUCAUGGCAGCUGGAUCAAUCCUCAUGGCAGCCAUGUUGGCUAUGUACAACAAAAGAACGACGAUGGCAUUAGUCUUAAUGUUAUUGGGCAAAGCAUGUAUCCAAGGAGCGUUCAACAUUCUCUAUAUCUUCACAUCAGAACUGAACCCAACAAUCGUGCGGAAUAGUGCUGUAGGCAUUUCCUCUAUGAUCGCUCGAAUGGGCGCUGGUGCCUCCGGAUAUAUCGCAAUUCUCUCUGAUGUUACCCUUGCCAUUGUACCUAUGCUAAUUUUCGCAGUCUUUUCUCUUUGUGCAGGAAUUCUUGUCAUGUUCCUUCCAGAAACUCAAGAUCUGCCUCUGCCCGACACAAUUUGGGAUGCUGUAAGUAUGCUAAAGUCGAAGCAGAAACCUUGUAUUCCAUUCGUCAAUAACACUGGCGAUGCUGAACCUUUGAAAGAGAAGGAAGUCUAUGAACCAGCUCCACAGAGAGACGAAAAAUGA